GUAUUGCUGCGUGCAGCGAUGCGGCUGCUGGGCCAGCUCCUCUUCUUUGGCUCCUUCCUGGCACACAUCCACUGUGAGGAAGUGUUUGGCAUUGUGGGAGAAAAUUUUACUUUUCCAGUAAAAAUAGACCGAAGAAUAGUGGAAAUGACUUGGAAAAGAAACAAGAACAAAGUGGCUGAAUGGGAAGGGGAAAGCGAAGCAACAUAUUAUCCUUCUCUCCGUAACAGAGGCUUGCUUAACAAGGAGAAUGGGUGCUUAACUAUAUAUAAUUUGGAGAGCAGUGACAAUGGCACAUAUGAGUUACACUACUUGGCUACUGUGGAAGAAAACUAUGACUUAACUUUUGUCCUUUUUGUGUUAGAUCCCCCUUCAGAACCUCAAAUAAGUUGCAACAUCAGUGGUGAUAACUUUACGUUAAAAUGUGCAGCACAUUUCCAGCAGCCUCUGGAUUAUACUUGGAAGUUCACUACCAUACAACCCAUUUAUCAGAAUCAGGAGAUUAUAAUCCCUAAGAAGAGUGUUGAUGCUUCCGAGAAAGCUACAUGUGUCAUUAAAUUCUCUCAAACAGAAAAGAGCUCUGAAAUCUCUUUGACUCAAUGUUUUACAGAAGAAACAGGAGGCAGCUACAAUGAAAGAAGCAGAGGUGGUCUUAUUGCGGCUUUGGUUGUCUUCAUUCCUAUUGCAGUAAUACUUGUAUUCCUAUGCAGAAGAGACAAAGAAUUGAACAAAGAGGACAGUGCCCAGAAAGACAAGCAGAUGGUUAACAAUUGUGUGAAUCAGGAAGAUAUCUUUAAGGAGGAGAACAGCAGCUUGCUGUCCAAGCAUGCAGCUGACCAUGGUAUAAAUGAAGGAGAAGUGACUCUGGAUGUGGAAGGUGGAAAUGGGGAGCACCUGAGAAACUCUCGCAGCUGCAGUGAAGAAGAUCUUAAAUCAUAAGCAAAUAAUUACUUUGUGGAUCAAACAACAAUGGAAGAGAAGUGGUAGAAUUCAACAGUUAAGGAGCUGCUGUCUUUUCUCUUGGAGGUUUUCCACUAGCACUGAAGUAAUCCCUGAAGAAUUGAUUUUAAGACUAGCUGAGCUCUUUCCAGUGCCUAUUUUUUUUUCUCAGAAGGACAGCCUUCUUGUCUAGUGUCACUGCAUGAAGAUAAAUAGGCCAAAUAAUGGACAAAAUAUUUUGUGUUCUUUUGUAUCCGGUUGUAAUGAACAGUGCUCUACUAACACAAUGUAACAGCUCAGGCCUUUUUUUAUAAUUGGAAUGUAGAGAGUAACAAAGGCAUUCAUUUGCAUGAAUAUGGAUAAACCGAAAACUACUCAGCUUGCUAUGCAGUUUUGGAUCAGCACCUUUUUACAGUCAGAAGAAAAACACUUCAUCCUUCAACAGUUCCAGGUGGACAGAAGUUUGUAUUUUCUAGUCUCAGUUCUCCAGCAGGAACUUGGUGCUUCAGAUAAAUAUUCUCCAAGGUAGCUAUCUCCUGGACUUGGCAAAAGACUGGCAGACUGAUAAUCUCCUGAUGGUGGUUGACUUUGUGAUAAAGCUGUAAUCCAAUUUGUUGUGUUGGAAAAAAACUAUUAGCAGUGGUUUGUUUGGUGUUUGGGUUUUUUUCCUAGAACUUUUGAUGGUUUUUUGCACUCUUAGAGGGUUUUUUUAUGUCUUGGCUUCUGCUUCGCAUUAUUCUAAGAUGAAGACAACUUACUUAUUUUUAGGGAAUAAUAAUACGUUUUUAGGUUGCUUGUGACUGGAAAGAAAACUUGAAAGCUUAUGCCCAGUAUCUCUUGCCACUCCACAAGGCACUACUAUGAAGAAUGUGUCUCCAUCUCAACUCAUAGGUAUGGGAAGGCUGCUGUUAGGUACCCUCCCAAAGCCUCCUCUUCUCCAGGCUUGAACAAGUACAGUGCCUUCAGCUUCUUCUCACAGUACAAGUGUUCUGACCAUCUUGGUAGCCUUGCACUGACCUUGCUCCAGUUUUAUGGAUGCCCCUUCUUGAAGGGGUCUGACACUGGAUGUGCUAUUCUAAAUGCAGUGUAAUGUGUGCUGAUUAGAAAGAGAUAAUCACUACCCUCAAUCUUCUGGGUGAGCUCUUCUUAAUACAGCCCAGGAGGUUUUUGGCUGCCUUUGGUGCCAGAGGAUACUGCUGACUCAUGUUCAGCUUGCUGCUCACUGAAAUCCUCUUGCUUCUUUUCAGCUAGACCCUAGCUUGUAUCAGUGCAAGUGGUUCCUCUUUCCCAGAUCUUUACAUUUGUCCUUUUGUAAUUGUAACCUGUCUAGGUCUCUGUGACAGCCCAGCCCUUUAGUAUGUUGACUGAUUCUCCCCAGUUUGAUGUAAUCUGCAAACUUGACAAGGCUGCACUUUAUCCCCUUCUCCAGACCACUAAUGAAGGUAUUAAAUAGGAGUAGUUCCUGCACUGGCAUUUGUAGUACUCGAAUUGUCUCAGCUAUCCAGGUGGAGUAUGACCUGUUAAUCUCUACCAUUUGAGCCAAAUAGUCCAACCAGUUCUUAACAUAUCCAUAGAAUCAUAGAAUGGUUUGGGUUGGAACAGGCAUUUAAAGGUGGGGAGGGACAUUUUUCACUAGAUCAGGUUGCUCAAAGACCUGUCAUUGAACACUCCCAAUGAUGGGGCAUGCACAACUUCUCUGGGCAAUCUGUUUCAGUGUCUCACCACCCUCAUCACAGAAAAUGUCAUCUUUAUGUCCAACCUAAAUCCACCCUCUUUCAUUCCAUUGCCCCUUCUCCUCUCACCACAGACCUUGGUGAAAAGUCUUCCUCUCUUACAAGCCCCCUUCAAGUUUUGAAAGGUCUCAGUAAGGUUUUCCUGAAGCCUUCUUUUCUGAAGUUGAAAGCCCCAAUUCUCUCAGGCAUUCUCCAUAGGAGAGGUGUUCCAUCCCUCUGAUCAUCUUCAUGGCCCUCUGAUGGAGUCUCACAAGAGCAGAAUUGAGGGAGAUGAUCAGCUCCCUUGACCUGCUUGCCACUCAUUGCUGGUUUCCACUUGAACGUUAAACCAUUGACUGUAAUUCUUUGGAUGUAACCAUCCAGCCCAUUCCUUAUCCAUCCAACACUCCAUUUAGUUCACCCAUUCAAGCUGUAAUGUUCUAAUUUGGAUACAGAAAUACUGUGGGAGAUGAUGUCAAAGGCCUUGCUAAAGUCAAGAUAAAAAAAUACUGCAUUCCCCUAAUCCACAAAUCUAAUUAUUUAAUCUUUAUAGAAGGAAGUUCGGCUGGUUUGGCAUCAUUUACUCUUGCUUAAGUGUAUUCUGACUGUUCCCUGCUAAUUUAUCCUUCACAAGCCCAGAAAUAUGUCCUGAAAGGACCAGCUCUGUGAUUCUUCCAGGGAUGAAAGUCAGACUGACCAGCCUGCAGAUCCCUAGUUUGAUAUUUUGGUGCUCUUUAAAAAUAGGUGCAACUUUCCUAGUUGUCUAGUUUUUCUAGUCUAAUCAAGGUCUUCCUCAAACUCCAUGAUCUUUUAAAGGUAACAGCACUCAGAGUGACAUCAGCCAUCUUCUCACAGCACCCUUAAAUACAUCUGAUCAAGUGCCAUGGACUGGUGUGGAUCAAGUUUUCUCAAGUAAUCCCUGACUUGUGGUAGUUUUUCUUGAGCCCUUUGACAAAGCACAGAGUCUGUGAGACCUUGUUAAUGAAGACUGAUGCAAGGAACACAUCAAGUAUGCAAGCUUUUUUUGUCUGAUAGCCUUAAAUCAUGCUCCUCAGUUCAGGAAUGGGCCUGUAUUUUCCUCCUUCAUUCCUUUACAGUUCAUGUGGCAGCAGACGCAGCUCUUGUUGCCCUUGUUGUCCUUUGCAAGUCUGAAAUAUAGCUGAGCCUUGGCUUUCCUGACACCUUCCUUACCUACUCGGGCAGUGUUCCUACAUUCCCCCAUUGUAGCCUAUCCCUGCCUCCACAUCUAGUGUUAAGUCCUUUUUGCACUGGAGCCCUGUCAGGGGCUCCCUGCAUAGCCAAGCUGAUCUUCGAACAGCUUCAAGGAUGUCCUCGAGCUGUUUACAGAAGCCUUUUCCUCUUUCCUUACUGUUAUCUGGUGGCUUGUCGUGUGCUCCAACCGUGUUGUCAUGCCUACUGACCUUUCCUGGGAUUGUGACCCACAAGCUCUCAGCCAGCCUGUCACCUGCUCUGUAUCAAAGCUCUGAACAUUCAAGCCACUCUUUCACAGAGAGGGCAGCCUCUCUUCUCCUUCCUCCAUGGCUUUCCUGUGCAGCUUCUAUGCAAGCACUGCAAGAGCUUCAGUCAUGCAGACUGGCUCGCCAUGUCUCAGGUGCUCCAACAAUGUUGUGGUUCUGUGAACUCGUGGAGAAACGUAGUUCUUCCUGCUUGCUUUCCAAGCUCCAUGCAUUUGUGCAUGUACCUUCAUGCUUCGCUCUGCCGAUUGAUUUUUUUUUUUUUUUUUACUUUUUGCUCUGAGGUCUAUGUUGUUCCUGUCACCCUGUACCCUUUACUUUGAACCCUUAUCCACUGCUACUUAGUGGUGGGUGGUGAUCUCCCUUUCCAUCAUUCCUACUUCAGAGCUUUCCUCAUGGAGAUGGCCAGCCUGUUGAUAAAAGAUUUCCAUUCGGCAGCUCUGGAGGAUAUUUAGAUGACUCCUGUGUGCUUUUUAUGGUAGUGAAACCUAACUAACAGUUACUAACAACAGUAUGAGAAGAAUCACAGGUAACUUAUGCCUGUACCUUGUCCUGAUGUAGGAAGUGUCAGAUCUUUCCUUAUUGCUAUACAUACCAUGUAGAUGUUUACUUCCACUGACACUGCACUUCAGGAGUGUGCAAUAGGAUCUUUUGUUAGAGCUAGACUACUUGACUGCUGUCUGUAAAUAUUUGCUCAUAAUUUAUUUUUAAAAACCCAACAAACUCAUAAAAAUGUAAAAAAACUUUGCCAUAUGUUUUUGUUAUAUGUGUCUACACUUUUUUUUUUUAACCUUAAAAGUUAGGAACUGAUCCCCAAAAUAAUCUUUAACACGAAGUGAUUUAUAUCUAAAUUUUUGUAAGUCACAGCUCCUGUUCUCCAUUGCACCUUCAGUGGGUUUAUCAGGAUGAUACUGUCUACUUCUUAGUAACUUUUAAACAGAUUCCCACACAAGGAUGUCCUUUGUCAUGUGUAUUGUGUUAAGGGUAAACCUGUAACUUGUUUCCCUGAUGGGACAGAGGCUUACUUUCUGUUAUUGUAAGUAAUAAUAAUCAAAAUCAUGAUUGUUUGGAGGAACUGGCUGAAAUUGCUCUGAGAAACUAUACUACUUCAUCCAAUACACUGCUGCAGUUUACAUCCUGUGCAAUUUAAUAUUAAACAAGCAUGCAAGUCUCAUAUAGAAUGUGGGUUUGAAAAUACCUUGAGCCCUGACAUACUUGACUUUGUUUCCAAAGCAAAAAGCAACAGCCUCCAAAAAUAGUAAGCAAUUGGAGUUAAUUAACCACAGUUGCUGGAAGCCUUCAGCAUAAUUAAUGGAAUUUUGGAGCUUUAUCAAAAGUAGAAAAAAACACUUACAUGGCAGGCUGACCUAAGACCAAGAGCUGCAGACUCCAAGCAUCUCACUGCCUGCUUUCACCCACUCCCUUUGCACCGUGUCUGCUGGGCAUGAGAAACUUCUGCCCACCGGUAGAAGUACAGGCUGCGCACUUUUCAAAGCGAGUAUGAAACUCGGGGCUCUUUUUAUUGGUAUUGUUGUUUCUGUACUUUUUAUGAUGGGUAGAUAUUUAUUUCCCAUGUGGAUGUGAAGACAGACAUUUGGGAGAAUAAAUUUACUGUGUUUCCUGCCAGUUUUGGUGACAGCCAUUUGCUGUGCCGUUCCCCGUGUCCUUCUCCCCAAAUGUCUCCUGUGCAAUGACUAAAGAUGAAUAAAGGUAUUUUCUGAGAAAAA